AUGGCUUUGAAUAUCAGCGGCUUAGUAGCUCUGCUUUUAUUCUAUGCCCUGACUUUAGCUAUUGGAAUAUGGGCUUCUCGGAAAACCAGACAGAAGGAACACCAGAAGCCCAGUGAAGUUGCCAUAGUGGGAGGAAGGAACAUGAAUUUUUGCAUUGGAUUGUUCACAGCAACUGCAACCUGGGUUGGAGGAGCCUAUAUCAAUGGCACGGCUGAAAUUGUCUACCUCCCUUCAAAAGGACUGGUGUGGGUUCAAGCUCCAGCCGGCUUUGCUUUGUCUCUCCUUGUUGGUGGCUUCUUUUUUGUCAAUCCAAUGAGAAAGAGAAAUUACAUGACUCUGAUGGAUCCAAUUCAAGAGAUGUAUGGGAACGUGAUGGGCUGUCUUCUUUUUAUUCCUCCAUUGAUCGCGGACAUGUUCUGGUUUGCUGCUGUUCUUGCCUCUUUAGGAGCAACCAUGAAAGUCAUUUUGGACAUCCAGAGUUAUGUUGCCAUCAUUCUUUCUGCAUGUACGGUGAUAUUGUAUACUUUGCUAGGAGGUCUGUAUUCAGUGGCAUACACAGAUGUGAUACAACUGAUCUUUCUAUUGCUCAGUCUGUGGAUUUGUAUCCCUUUUGCCAUCAUGAAUCCUGCUACAGAAAAUAUUUUUUAUACAGCUUCCCAAAAUAUAUCCCAAGCACCUUGGAUUGGAAAAAUAGAAACAGAGUUUUACGGAAGAUGGUUUGAUGAUUUUUUAUAUUUGGUGCUUGGGGCCAUCCCUUGGCAAACCUAUUUCCAGCGUGUUCUCGCGGCUUCUUCCCACAAAGAAGCCAGACUAAUUUCCUAUUUUUCUGGACUGGGCUGUUUCGUUAUGGCUAUCCCUUCUGUAUUGAUAGGAGCAGUUGCUGCCUCCACAGAUUGGAACCAGACCGACUAUGGUCUACCCACCCCAAAUGAAAGAAAUGAGUCUGCCCUCAUACUUCCACUAGUCCUUCAGCAUCUCUGCCCGACUUACAUCUCCAUCGGUGGCUUGGGUGCCAUAGCAGCUGCUGUGAUGUCCUCAGGAGAUUCUGCAUUGCUCUCUGCCGGUUCCAUGUUUGCUCACAACAUCUAUAGGAAAAUAUUCUGGAGAAAGGCAUCAGAGAAAAAUGUCCUAUGGGCAAUGAGACUCUCCAUUGUGGUCUUUGGGAUAAUUUCAGCAGUUCUGGCUUACUACUCCUAUUCGAUUUAUGACCUCUGGUUCUUGAGUGGAGAGCUAGUAUACACUCUCCUCUUUCCCCAGUUGUGUUGUGCUCUGUUUCUUCCCAGCACCAACACCUACGGCUCAGCGGUUGGGUUCUUCCUUGGCUUUCUUCUACGGCUGUUGGCAGGAGAACCAUCCCUGAAGAUCCCCCCUGUAAUCUGUUACCCAGGAUGCUCAGUUGUGGAAGGUGUUUAUGUCCAGCUCUUUCCAUUCAAGAUGGCCACCAUGCUGUUCACGCUGUUCGCCAUCUUCUCAGCUUCCCAUCUGGCCAGCUUUAUGUUUAAGAGCAAAAUCCUUCCUGCUAAAUGGGACAUCUGCCAAGUUAUUAUGGAUGACGGAGUGCCUGUUCCCUUCUCCUGGGGAGAAAGGCAGAUGGAUGUACGAAAAAAUCCGGACUUGUGA